AUGACCCUGCGGUUCCACAGCAGCAGUGCCGUGACCGGCUUUGUCAGAGUCACCGUGCGCAGGGUGCAGGAGACUGACCGGGUUUGCCAGGGGCCGAGCCAUCGCCUCGGCCUCUGCCGGAGCGGCGCGCACGGGCUGUCUUCAAAUCCCGCAGAAAACAGGAUCGAAAGCCGCGUGCGUCCACAGGGAAGGGCAGUGACCCGCGCUUGCGGCCGGGGCCAGGGAUUCACGGUCACAGUGGCCCAGAGGGGCCUCGAUGACGGGCACGUCCUACAGAGCGCCAGGCUGGCGCACUGCGCCGCCGACCUCGUGCCACCGGUCAUCUCGGGAGGACGCAACGUGGGCUCGGUGGCCUGCUGCGCCUGGGAAUGCUUUCUCCAGGACACGGCCGUGCUCCUCCCCCGGGAGCUGGGCUCCCCCUGGUCAUCGCGAUCUGCUCUGUCGCUGGACCAGCAGACGGAAAAAGGCUCAGGGGGCUGUAAAUUCCGUGUGGCCCUUGGCAAUGGCGUCUUGUCAGGGCAGACGCAGCGGGUGUGGGGCCGGGCCAGGGUGGCCAAGGGUGCCAGGAUCCUGUCCCCAACCGGCCGGAGCCAGAACCACGGCGGCAACGUCUGCAGCACCUGGGGCGACUUCCACUACAAGACCUUCGACGGCGACAUCUACCGCUUCCCCGGCCUCUGCGACUACAACCUGGCCUCCGACUGCAGGGACUCCUACAAGGAGUUCUCGGUGCACCUGAAGCGGGUCCCAGGCGAGGGCGGGGGCCUCCCGCAGAUCGAGUCCGUGCUGCUGACCCUGGGGGACGACACCGUCUACCUCACACGCCAGCUGGCCGUGAUGAACGGCGCCAUGGUCAGCACCCCGCACUACGGCCCCGGGCUGCUCAUCGACAAGAACGACGCCUACACCAAGGUCUACUCCCGCGCCGGACUCACCCUCAUGUGGGACCAGGAGGAUUCCCUCAUGCUGGAGCUGGACAGUAAGUUCCAGAACCACACCUGCGGCCUCUGCGGGGACUACAACGGCCUGCAGACCUACUCGGAAUUUCUCGCGGACGGCGUGCUCAUCAGCGCCCUCGAGUUCGGGAACAUGCAGAAAGUCAACGAGCCGGAGGAGCAGUGCGAGGAGCCCGAGGAGGCUUCGACGCCCGAGUCCUGCUCCGAGCAUCGCGCCGAGUGCGAGACGCUGCUGACCGCCGAGGCCUUUGAGGCCUGCCAGGACCUGGUGCCGCGGGAGCCGUACGUGAGCGCCUGCGUGCAGGACCGCUGCCAGUGCCCUGCCAACGACACCUGCGUCUGCAGCACGGUUGCCCAGUUCUCGCGCCAGUGUUCCCACGCCGGCGGCCGGCCCGGGAACUGGAGGACCCCCACGCUGUGCCCCAAGAGCUGCCCUGGCAACAUGGUUUACCUGGAGAGCGGCUCGCCCUGCAUGGACAGCUGCUCACACCUGGAGGUCAGCAGCCUGUGCGAGGAGCACUACAUGGACGGCUGUUUCUGCCCGGAAGGCACCGUGUACGACGACAUCGCGGGCGGCGGCUGCAUCCCUGCCAGCCAGUGCCACUGCAGGCUGCACGGGCACCAGUACGCCCCGGGCCAGGAGAUCACCAACGACUGCGAGCAGUGUGUCUGCGAUGCUGGCCGCUGGGUGUGCCAAGACCUGCCGUGCCCUGGGACCUGUGCGCUGGAAGGCGGUGCCCACAUCACCACCUUCGACGGGAAAAAGUACACCUUCCACGGGGACUGCUACUACGUCCUGGCCAAGGACGACCUCAACGGCUCCUACGCCCUCCUGGGCGAGCUGGCGUCCUGCGGCUCCUCAGACACGCAGACCUGCCUGAAGACGGUGCUGCUGCUGGCCGACGAUGAGAAGAACGUGGUGGCCUUCAGGUCCGACGGCAGCGUGAUGCUGAACGAGCUGCAGAUGCGGCUGCCCCACGUGACGCCCAGCUUCUCCGUGCUCCGCCCCUCCUCCUACCACGUCGUCAUGAGCACGGCCUUCGGCCUCCGGCUGCAGGUGCAGCUGGCCCCCAUCAUGCAGCUCUUCGUGACGCUGGACCAGGCCGCCCAGGGCCAGGUGCAGGGCCUCUGCGGGAACUUCAACGGCCUGGAGAGUGACGACUUCCUGACGGCGGGCGGGCUGGUGGAGGCCACGGGGGCCGGCUUCGCCAACACCUGGAAGGCCCAGUCGAGCUGCCAGGACAAGGAGGACUGGCUGGACGACCCCUGCUCCCUCAGCGUGGAGAGCGCCAAUUACGCCGAGCACUGGUGCUCCCUCCUGAAGAAGACAGAGACGCCCUUCGGCAGGUGCCACUCGGCUGUGGACCCCGCCGAGUAUUACAAGAGGUGCAAGUACGACACGUGUAACUGUGAGAACAACGAAGACUGCUUGUGCGCCGCCCUGUCCUCCUACGCACACGCCUGCGCCGCCAAGGGCAUCACGCUGUGGGGCUGGAGGGAGCAAGUCUGCAACGAGGACGUGGACUCCUGCCCCAACUCGCAGCUCUUCCUGUACAACCUGACCACCUGCCAGCAGACCUGCCGCUCCCUCUCCGAGCCCGAUGCCCACUGUCUCCAGGGCUUUGUGCCUGUGGACGGCUGCGGCUGCCCCGACCACACCUUCCUGGACGAGAAGGGCCGCUGUGUGCCUCUGGCCAAGUGCUCCUGCUACCACCGCGGCCUCUACCUGGAGGCGGGGGACGUGGUCGUGCGGCAGGAGGAGCGAUGCGUCUGCCGGAACGGGAGGCUGCACUGCGCGCAGGUCAAGCUGCUUGGUCAGAGCUGCGCGGCCCCAAAGAUCCAGAUCGACUGCAACAAUCUGACCGCCCUGGCCACCGCAAAGCCCCGUCCCAUCAGCUGCCAGACGCUGGCCGCCGGCUAUUACCACACCGAGUGCAUCAGCGGCUGCGUGUGCCCCGACGGGCUGAUGGACGACGGCCGCGGCGGCUGCGUGGUGGAGGAGGAAUGCCCCUGCGUCCACAACAGAGACGUGUAUUCUCCUGGGGACAAGAUCAAGGUGGACUGCAACAGCUGCACCUGCCAGAAAGGACGCUGGGUGUGCACCCAGGCUAUGUGCCACGGAACCUGCUCCAUCUACGGGAGUGGCCACUACGUCACCUUUGACGGGAAACACUAUGACUUUGAUGGACACUGCUCCUACGUGGCUGUCCAGGACUACUGUGGCCAGAACUCCUCACUGGGCUCCUUCAGCAUCAUCACCGAGAAUGUCCCCUGUGGCACCACGGGUGUCACCUGCUCCAAGGCCAUCAAGAUCUUCUUGGGGAGGACGGAGCUGAAGCUGGAAGACAAGCACCAUGUGGUGAUCCAGCGUGACGUGGGCCACCACGUGCCCUACACCACGCGGGAGGUGGGUCAGUACCUGGUGGUCGAGGCCAGCAUCGGCGUCAUCGUCAUCUGGGACAAGAAGACCACCGUCUUUGUCAAGCUGGAUCCGUCCUACAAGGGCGCUGUGUGUGGCCUGUGCGGGAACUUCGACCACCGCUCCAGCAACGACCUCACCACGCGGGACCACAUGGUGGUCAGCAGUGAGCUGGACUUCGGGAACAGCUGGAAAGAGGCCUCCACCUGCCCGGACGUGAGCACCGUCCCUGAGCCCUGCAGCCUGAACCCGCACCGCCACUCCUGGGCCGAGAAGCAGUGCAGCAUCCUCAAGAGCAGCGUGUUCAGCGCCUGCCACAGCAAGGUGGACCCCAAGGCCUUCUAUGAGGCCUGCGUGCACGACUCGUGCUCCUGCGACACGGGCGGGGACUGCGAGUGCUUCUGCUCUGCCGUGGCCGCCUACGCACAAGAGUGCACCAAGGAGGGCGCCUGUGUGUUCUGGAGGACGCCAGACCUGUGCCCCGUGUUCUGCGACUACUACAACCCUCCGGAUAAGUGCGAGUGGCACUACGAGCCGUGUGGGAACCGCAGCUUCGAGACCUGCAGGACGCUCAAUGGCAUCCACUCCAACAUCUCCGUGUCCUACCUGGAGGGCUGCUACCCCCGAUGCCCCAAGGACAGGCCCAUCUAUGAUGAGGACCUGAAGAAGUGUGUCUCCGGGAACAAGUGUGGCUGCUACGUGGAAGACACUCGCUACCUACCCGGAGCGUCGGUUCCCACCGAGGAGAUCUGCAAGUCUUGCGUGUGCACCGACUCUUCUCACAUUGUCUGCCGGCCUGAGGAAGGGAAGAUUUUGAACCUGACCCAGGAUGGCGUCUUCUGCUACUGGGAGACCUGCGGGCCCAACGGGACGGUGGAGAAGCACUUCGACAUCUGCGAGUCCACCACGACACGCCCGUCCACCCCGACGGUCUCCACCACGCCCACCCCCGGCAGCCGCCCCAGCUUCACCACCACCACUGGCUCCCCGACCCCCAGCACAGGCACAGUGACCAAUGCCAGCUUUGCUCCCCCAGAGCUGUGCUGCUUCUGGUCCGACUGGAUCAACGACCACCACCCGGGCAGCAGCAGUGACAGCGGUGACCGAGAGACGUUUGAGGGUGUCUGCAGGGCUCCCGAGGACAUCGAGUGCAGGUCGGCCACGGAGCCCCACCUCAGCUGGGAGGAGUUGGGCCAGAAGGUUCAGUGUGACGUCUCACUUGGCUUCAUUUGCCACAACGAAGACCAGUUUGGAAACGGACCAUUUGAACUCUGUUAUGACUACGAGAUACGUGUCAAUUGCUGUCUGCUGAUGGAUGACUGUCCUCUGUCCACCCCAGCCACCACGACUGCAAGGAACACGCCCACCGCCAUCCCUUCAACAACCGCCAUCCCCAUCCCUCCAACCGCCACCCCCAUCCCUCCAACCGCCACCCCCAUCCCUCCAACUGCCACCACCCCCAUCCCUCCAACCGCCACCCCCAUCCCUCCAACCACCACCACCCCCAUCCCUCCAACCACCACCCCCAUCCCUUCAACCAUCACCACCUCCAUCCCUCCAACAACCACUCCCAUCCCUUCAACAACCACUCCCUUCCCUCCAUCAAGCACCACCCACACCACGUCACCAUCUUCAACAACUGUGCCCACUACCAUAGAAAGGACUACCUCGGUGACAACCACUACUACGACAUCCACAGCUACACCUACUCCUGAGCCCACCACUCCAUCCACCCCAGUGCCAACAACCACUCCAUGUGUGCUUGACUGCGAAUGGACCGGGUGGCUGGAUUCAGGGAAACCUGACUAUUCGCAAUCAGGUGGAGAAGUGGAAUUGAUUGGAGAUGUCUGUGGACAAGGCCGGGCAACUAACAUCUCCUGCAGAGCCGCCAUGUACCCUGAAACUCCAAUUGAAGAGCUUGGACAGACCGUAGUGUGCGAUGUCUCAAUGGGGCUGGAGUGCAAAAACCAAGACCAAAAGCCUGGCGGGAUGAUUCCCAUGGCCUACUGCAUCAACUACGAGAUCAACGUGUACUGCUGUAAGUGUGGCAGCACACCUGCCUACACCACAACCACAGCCACAACGCUCCCUAUCACCUCCACCCAGACACCUGGUGCCACCACCACAGAGACCCCAUCCACAACACCUAGUACCACCACCACAGGGAUCCCACUCCCAACACCUGGUACCACCACCCUUGGGACACCAACCACAACGCCUGGUACCACCACCCCAGGGAGACCAACCCUAACGCCUGGUACCACGACCACAGGGACACCAAACCCAACAUACUACCACGACAGGGACCCCACCUCCAACACCUGGUACCACCAACACAGGGACACCAACCCGAACACCUGGUACCACCACCACAGGGACCCCACCCCCAAUACCUGCCUACACCACGACAGGGACACCAACCCCAACACCUGGUAUCACCACCACAGGGAACCCACGGCCAACACCUGGUACCACCACCACAGGGAUCCCACCCCCAACACCUGGUACCACAACCACAGGGACACUAUCCACAACACCUGGUACCACCACCACAAGGACACCAACCCCAACACCUGGUACCACCACCGCAGGGACACCAACCCCAACAACUGUGUCCCCAGCCACAACACCGGGUACCACCACCCAAGGGAGCCCACCCCCAACACCUGGAACCACCACCACAGGGACCCCAUCCACAACACUGGGUACCAGGACCACAGGGAUCCUACCCCCAACACUUGGUACCACCAGCACAGGGAACACACCCCCAAUACCUGCCUACACCACAACAGGGACACCAACCCCAACACCUGGUAUGACCACCACAGGGACCCUACCGCCAACACCUGGUACCACCACCACAGGGACACCAACCCCAACACCUGGUACCACCACUGCAGGGACACCAACCCCAACAACUGGUACCACAACCACAGGGACCCCACCCCCAACACCUGGUACCACCACCACAGGGACCCCAUCCAAAACACCUGGUACCACCACCACAGGGACCCAACACCCAACACCUGGUACCACCACCACAGUGACGGCAUCCACAACACCUGGUAUCACCACCACAGGGACUCGAUCCCCAACAACUGGUACCACCAACACAGGGAUACCAACCCCAACACCUGGUACCACCACCACAGGGACCCCACCCCCAACACCUGCACAGGGACCCCGACAUUUCCAGGCACAGCACCCACUGCUGGGUCAACCACCCCCAAAUCCCAACCUGAGUCCUCGACCCCUCCGACCUCUCAGUCCACCUCCUCCCUUUCCACGGUGUCCACCACACUUCUCAGCACCUCCUCGCCUGCCUUGGAGACCUCUAGCACACCAUUGCCCUCCACGCCAACGGCACCAACGGUUACGACGACAGGAAGCCGCACCCCUUCCCCACCGCCAGGAUCCCAGGUCCCCACGCCUAGCACCACCGCGACCCCUCCAGGAACCACCACCCGCGGAACUGCGACUGGGCUACCUCCACCUGCCUCUGUGUCAACAACCCCUGUGGGGAUCCCCACCCGGCCAGCCCUCCCCUCGACCACGACCUCUAGCACCUCCUCCUCCAUGGCACCCACCCCCACGCUGACGCCGAUCCCCAUCCCCAGCAUCAGCAUGAGCACCGGCCCUGAGGUCAGACCAUCCACCGGGAUCGGGUGCUGCAAGCUGAACGAUACCUUCUAUGCGCCAGGCGAGCUGGUGUACAAUGGCACACAUGGAGACACGUGCUACUACGUGAACUGCUCACUGAUCUGCACCCUUGAGUUCUACAACUGGUCGUGCCCAUCCACGCCCUCCCCAACGCCCGCGCCCUCCAAGCCAACGCCCGCGCCCUCCAAGCCAACGCCCACGGCUGUGCCCUCCAAGCCAACGUCCUCCCCAACGCCCAGCACGCCGGCCACCACCAAGCGCACUGGGUGCCCUGACUUUGAUCCUCCCAGACAGGAGAACGAGACCUGGAGGCUGUGUGAAUGCUUAAUGGCCACCUGCAAGCACGACAACACGGUGGAAAUUGUGGAGAUGGAGUGCAAGCCCCCACCCAUGCCCACCUGCUCCAACGGCCUCAAGCCUGUAGCUGUGCCGGACCCUGAUGGCUGUUGUUGGCACUGGGAGUGUGACUGCUACUGCACAGGCUGGGGGGACCCACACUACGUCACCUUCGACGGGCUCUACUACAGCUACCAGGGCAACUGCACCUACGUGCUGGUGGAGGAGGUCACGCCCACGGUGGACAACUUUGGGGUCUACAUCGACAACUACCACUGUGACGUCAACGACAAGGUGUCCUGCCCCCGGACCCUGAUCGUGCGCCACGAGACCCAGGAGGUGCUGAUCAAGACCGUGCAGCUGACGCCCAUGGAGGUGGAGGUGCAGGUCAACAGGCAGGUGGUGGCGCUGCCAUACAAGAAGUACGGGCUGCAGGUGUACGAGUCGGGCAUCAACUACGUGGUGGACAUCCCCGAGCUGGGCGCGCUGGUCUCCUACAACGGCCUGUCCUUCUCCAUCCAGCUGCCCUUCCGUCUGUUUGGCAACAACACCAAGGGCCAGUGUGGCACCUGCACCAACAGCACUGCGGACGACUGCAUUCUGCCCAGCGGGGAGGUCGUGUCCAGCUGUGAGAUCGCGGCUGACCAGUGGAUAGUGAACGAUCCCUCCAAGCCACACUGUCCCCACGGCAGCUCCACAACCAAGCUCCCGGCCACCACCCUGCCCGGGACCAGCACCCUGGCCCUCCCCGAGCACUGCACCGAGUCUCCGCUCUGCCAGCUUAUCAAAGACAGCGUGUUUGCGCCCUGCCACGCCCUGGUGCCCCCCCAGCACUACUACGACGCCUGCGUGUUCGACGGCUGCUUCGUGCCCGACGUGGGCAUGGAGUGCGCCAGUCUGCAGACCUACGCAGCCCUCUGUGCCCAGCAGGGUGCCUGCAUCGACUGGCGGGACCACACCCACGGGGCCUGCUCCGUCGAGUGCCCGUCUCACAGGGAGUACCGGGCCUGUGGUCCCACGGAAGAGCCCACCUGCGAGUCCAGCCUCUCCGCGCAGAACAGCACCAGCCUGGUGGAAGGCUGCUUCUGUCCCCAGGGCACCACCAGCUACGCGCCCGGCUUCGACGUCUGCGUGGAGACCUGCGGUACGGGGCUCCCUCGCGCUUUUGGGGAGCACUUCCAGUUCGACUGCAAGGACUGCGUCUGCCUGGAGGGUGGAAGCGGCAUCCGCUGCCAGCCCAGGGAGUGCAGCCAGAAGGCCCCCACCAGCUGCGAGGAGGACGGCACCGCCCUCGUCACAGAGGUCAACCCCGCCGACACCUGCUGCAGCAUCACCUUCUGCAAGUGCAACAGCAGCCUGUGCCAGGAGAAGCCCCCCUCAUGCCCGCUGGGAUUUGAAGUGAGGAGCAAGACCGUGCCCGGGCGGUGCUGCCCCGUGUACUCGUGCGAGCCCAAGGGGGUGUGUGUGCACGAGAACGCUGAGUAUCAGCCGGGCUCUCCGGUGUACUCCUCCAAGUGCCAGAGCUGCGUCUGCACCGAGGCCGUGGACAACAGCACCUUCCUCAAUGCCAUCGCCUGCACCCACACGCCCUGCAACACCUCCUGUGGCCCUGGCUUCGACCUCGUGGAGGACCCUGGGCAGUGCUGCAAGAAGUGCGAGCAGACGCACUGCAUCAUCGACCUGCCCCGCACCCAGCUCGUCCUGAAGCCCGGGGACAUGCAGAGUGACCCCAGCAACAACUGCACGUUCUUCAGCUGUGUGAAGAUCCACAACCAGCUCGUCUCGUCCGUCUCCAACAUCACCUGCCCUUCCUUCGACCCCAGCACCUGUGUCCCGGGCUCCAUCACCCUCAUGCCCAACGGAUGCUGCAGGACCUGCACCCCUCGCAACGAGACCAGGCCCAUCUGCUCCACCGUCCUGGUCACCAGGGAACUCUCACACGCCGGCUGCACCCAGCUGGUCGCCAUGAAUGACUGCUCCGGGUCCUGCGGAACAUCCGUCAUGUACUCUGCGGAGGCCCAGUCCCUGGACCACCGGUGCUCCUGCUGCAAGGAGGAGAGAACCAGCCAGCGCGAGGUGGUCCUGAGCUGCCCCGAUGGCAGCUCGCUGAAGCACACCUACACCCACAUCGAGAGCUGCCUGUGCCAGGACACCGUCUGCGGGCUCCUGUAG